CAAGGGAGCAUCCCUCACAGGCAGAUGGCUUUGUCCUGGUGGCAUGUGAGCUUGGCAGCGGGGUGGCCCUGCACCCUCCCGCACCCUGUCCCACCCCCAGACCAUGUAGGGCACCCGCUGCUCCCAGCCCAGAGCUUAUAGGAAGAGGAAGCCCCAUCCCUGCGCAGAGGAGGAAAUCCGACAGCCCAGAUGUGCACAGAGCCACGCCGAUAGCAUUCAUAUUUUCUUUUUUUUCUCUGCAAACAGAGGAGCUGCCGAAGCGGCGGCGGGCACGGCCCAACCCACGGCGUGGUGAACAGCCAGGAGGCUGCAGCACAGCCCUGGCACAGCCAUGGGGCAGAAGUGCAUGGACAGGGUGUCCUCCUUCCUCUUUGARUAUGACACCCCUCGGAUGGUGCUGGUGAGGAACAAGAAGGUGGGACUGACCUUCCGACUGAUCCAGCUGAUCGUCCUGGCGUACAUCAUCGGGUGGGUGUUCCUCUACGAGAAGGGAUACCAGUCCCAAGACAGCAUCGUCAGCUCGGUCUCGGUGAAGUUGAAAGGGCUGACGCUGACCAACGAGAGCGUCCUGGGSCCACACAUCUGGGAUGUGGUGGACUAUGUUUUCCCUCCCCAGGGGGACAACUCUUUCGUGGUGAUGACCAACUUCAUUGUCACUCCUGGACAGAAACAAGGAACCUGCCCAGAGCUGCCAGAGGCUGGGCUGUGCACAAAGGACAGCGACUGCAGCAAAGGGAAAUACAGCCGUCAGGGACAAGGGCUCAAGACUGGCAAGUGUGUGCACUUCAACAGCACUGUGAAGACCUGUGAGAUCUUUGGCUGGUGCCCUGUUGAAGUUGAUUACCAUGUUCCCAGCCCUGCCCUGCUGUCAGAAGCUGAGAAGUUUACCUUGUUCAUCAAGAACAGUAUCACCUUCCCCAAGUUCAAGGUGUCCAGGCGCAACUUGGUUGAGAGCGUUACCAAGCAGCACCUGAAGAAAUGCACCUAUCACAAAGUCACCGAYUCCUUAUGCCCUGUGUUUGAACUGGGAUACAUAGUGAAGGAGUCGGGUCAGAAUUUUACCUUYCUGGCUGUUAAGGGUGGAGUGGUGGGCAUUACCAUAGACUGGAACUGUGACCUUGACUGGCCCCUGCGCUACUGCAAACCCAUUUACCAGUUCCAUGGCCUUUACAAUGAUGACAGUAAYGUUUCACCAGGGUUCAACUUCAGAUAUGCCAAAUACUACAAAGAAGACGGGAUGGAAAAGAGGACACUCUACAAGGUGUUUGGGAUCCGGCUUGACAUUUUGGUGAAUGGCAAGGCAGGCAAAUUUGACAUCAUCCCAACCAUGACCACAAUUGGCUCUGGAAUUGGUAUUUUUGGAGUGGCCUCUGUCCUCUGCGACCUGCUCCUGCUGCAUUUUCUCCAUGGACGAGACUAUUACAAGCAGAAGAAAUUCAAAUAUGCAGAACCGGAGCCUUCAAAGUCACAUAAGAAGGAAAAGGAGCCAGACAACACGCAGUGAGAGAAUCCACACUGACAGACAGACCUGCACCCCUCUUCCUCCUCCUCUUCUCUUAAAACUUGGUCGCCAUCCCCAUCACCUCCCUGGGCCAGCCCUAAAACCAGCAGGAGCAGCAUCCAGCACCACCUCAUGGGAAGGUGGUGCCCCGCAGCCAGCCCACAGUCUCUGGUGGGACAUGCCACAAUGCUGUGGAUGGGUCAAACUAAGGGAUCUUGGGGCCCUCUGCCAGCCCUGCUGCAGGGUGCUGGGUCUGCUGCCAUUGCAGGCCCUUCAGAAGGACUCCCACUGCACCUUGCCUGUUCUGCCAGGGUUGUGCCAGGGCAUCUGCACCUGAAGCCCCUGGGGAGAGCACAGCUGCCUCUUCCUUCCCAAAACAUCCUUGGACAGCUCCAAAUUGAGAAGGGGAGGGAAGGAGAGCUGGCAGGAACCAUGCCCAGCCUCUCUCCCUGGGAGAAAAAUGGUUAUUUUGUAAGGAUGUAUUUUAUUAAAAAAACAAAAAAAUAAACCUUUAGUU